AUGGCGCCCAUCGGAACAGCUAUCAUCGGAGGCGGUAUCUGGGUCAAGGAGAGACACCUGGUAGCAGCGGAGAAUCUGACGCGAGCAGGGAGACAGCCCGCCGUCCUGAAUACCGACAUCCUAUCCCUCAAGGCCAUCUACUCGCGCUCUCUCAAGUCAGCCACCGACACCGCCUCUCUCGUCACCGGCACGACGCCACCGGACCUCUACGCCUCCGACGCCGGCUCGGGCAAGACGUACCACGACCUCCUCCUCCGCACAGACAUCCAGGCCGUCAUCGUCGCACUCCCCAUCCUCAGCCAGCCCGAGCACAUCGAGGCCGCCCUGGCGGCGGGCAAGCACGUGCUGGCCGAGAAGCCCAUAGCCGGAGACACGGCGGCCGCGCGCAAGCUCAUGGAGUACUACCGCGGCAGGGAGCACCCGGCCGAGGCGACGCUGGCCAUCGCCGAGAACUACCGCUUCUUCCCCAGCUUCGCCUUUGCCAGGGAGCAGGCUGCCGGCCUGGGAAGGGUGACCAACUUCAGCGUGCGCAUCUUCAGCCUCAUGGGCCUCGAGAACAAGUACCUCGGCACACAGUGGCGUAGCAAGCCCGACUACCAGGGUGGCUUCCUGCUCGACGCCGGCGUGCACCAGGCCGCCGCCACGAGGUUCAUCCUCUCCGCCGGCGGCUCGGACGGAAACGACAGCAAGGCCGACACGGUGCACGCCAUCACCGACCGCGUCACCGAGUAUCUGCUGCCCAUAGACACCGUCAACGCCAUCAUCAGAACACGUUCGGGCGCCACGGGCACGUACCAACACUCGAUGGGAUCCAAGAUGAGUGCGUUCGAGUGGCAUUUUGCCUACGAAAAGGGUUCCAUCUCCAUCGUCGGCGACACCGUCACCGUCAAGCCCGACGGCAGGGACGAGAUCGUCAGGCACUUCCCCCGCGCUCCCUAUGUCAACGAGGAGGUAGCUGCUUGGGCUCGGGCAAUCGCCGACGGCAAGCCAGACCCACUCCAGUCGGUCGAGGAGGCCUUGGGCGACCUCGAGUUUCUCGAAAGGAUGUUCCAGAGUGGAGAACAGAACGGCGCGCUGCAGAGAUACCAAUUCCAGUGA